AUGGGGCCCCCUGACUUACGUGGCCCCCACUGGGCAGGAAUCCUGCUCUCAGCCUCACUUUUGACCAUGUGGAGUCGGCCAGCUGCAGCCCAGUUCAUUCUCGAUGCCAACCUGCUUAACACCACCCGAAAAUUGCUGGCCAUACCCAUCCUUUCAGUCAGCCAGGGCACUGUCACAGAGCACAGCGGAACGGUGACCUUCCACUGUGACACCAGAGACAUGGACAGUACCAUCCACUGGGUUGCCGAUAAUCGCCCCCUGGUGUUUCAUGAGCGCAUGCAGCUGUCCCCAGAUGGCAAAAGGUUCACCAUUCUCACUGUCCAGCGAGAGGACGCCAGGACUUACCGAUGUGAGGCCCAGAGUACCAGUUGGGUCCAGAUCAGUGACCCCAUCACCCUGGUUGUGAACUAUGGUCCUGACCCCUUUGAAAUCAAGGUGGAGUCCGGUAUACCCAACGGAGAGGAGGUUGGGGUGAUAGAGGGCUCCAACGUGACCUUCUCAGUGGAGAUACAGUCUUACCCACCCCCAGCCUAUUCCUGGUUUCUCCCCAAUGACACCGUCUCUUCUCUCACUGUGAGAACAUUCACCAUCCAUGCCGUGUCCAGGAAACACGAGGGCGUGUACAAGUGCCUGGUGUCCAACGAUGUCAUCCACCUGUCUCGCCUGGCUGCUCUUAAAGUCCGAGUACUGGAAAGGCUGACCAAGCCUCACAUCGUGACCCCGAGCCUGAACCUCGUGGAGAACGCCAGUUCCGUGGCCCUGACCUGCCAGACCACCCAAAAGGGGGCUCAAGUCCGGUGGUUCCUGAGCGGCCAGCCCCUCCUGCCCAGCGAGCACCUGGUGCUGUCGCCCGACAACAGGACCCUGGUCAUCCAAAACCUCUGGCGGAACGACACGGGGCCCUAUGAGUGUGAGGCCUGGAUCUCAGGCAGCUGGGCCCGAAGUGACCCCCUCAGCCUGACCAUCAGCUAUGGCCCUGACAGAGUGGACAUCACCAGCGGGUUGGAGUCCGAGGUGGUCAGCACAGUAGAGGCAGAGCUCAACUCCAGCCUGACCCUACAGUGUCAGGCUGAGUCCCAGCCAGGCGCCGAGUAUCGCUGGACCCUUGAACACUCCACCAGUGUGUCUAUGGGGGAGAAGCUGAUCAUCGGGGCCCUGACCCGGGAACACCAGGGGACCUACAACUGCUCGGCCCUCAACCCUCUGACCCGCCAGGCCCGCUCCGCCUCGGUCCUGGUCAGAGUGAUAGGUCCCCAGUCGUCGCUGUCUGCAGGGUCCAUUGCUGGCAUUGCCAUUGGCAUCCUGGCAGUCAUUGCCCUGUCUGUAGGGCUGGGCUAUUUUCUCUACAUCAGAUAUGCCAGAAGGUAA